GGUCGUCUGCGUCCCCGAUGAGCUACUUGAAGACCAGGCCUCCUCCCCCGAGCGGGAUCAUCGUAGAGGACAAAUCGCAAUUGGGAUUACGAUUAGGGACGUGGUACUGGAAAGAUGACACCAAAACCCUCGAAUUCAGAAGCUUUGUACCUGCGAUAGAAUACAGGGAAAAAGGAAAGAAAGGCAAAGCAAUUCACUUUGCUGAAAUGGAUGGCUCAGCUGCAGAAAGGUUAACAGAUAAAAGGCAUCCUUCAAGAGAGGACAAGUCAUCAAAAGCCCUGGAGAAGCGAAGCCAUCAGGGGCCCGUCACACUGGACGACGUUAAAUUUGUUGCUUUACUUUCAUUAGAAGCUACUGAGAUGCAGCGGAUCUGUUCUUUUACCACAUUUCUGAGAAAUAAGAAUCUUGACAGUUUCCUCAUGGCAUUAUUAUACUAUUUAUCUCAUUACUUGGAAAAAAACUCACUGGAAAAGAAACCCAAAAGCUAUAUGGUGGGCCUAGUAGAGAAAAAAGAGUUGGAGCUGGUUUUGAGUAAGUUGGAAGCAGCCCAGAAAUACUUGGCAAAGAAAUACUGUUCCCUGGUGCUGGGCCUGAGCGUGCCCGACAGGCAUCACAUGGCCUGUGGAAAAUUGUUCUUGGUGCUCCUUAAGGAAGAAAAGAUAAGGAUGUUUGUUGCUGAUAAGUGGUCCUUUUAUACUUUCUGUACACACAUAGCCUGGAUUGUCUUCAGACGUCAGAAUUUGAUAGAAAUUGAGGAUGAAGUAGGAAGGCUUUUCCGUACCAACAUGUUCAACAUUGCUCGAAGGAAGCGUGAAGAUGCACAAUUGGGAGGAGAAAAGAAACGUAUGACUUUGGUACAAUUCAGGAGAAUGAUGGCAAAACGCCCAGCAAUUAAAAAAGCCAUGGACAUGCGCUCUCCAGUCAUGUCUACCCUGCUACCAUCUCUCAGAGAGAAAGCUCAGCAUAUCAUUGAGAGAAAAUACCACUCAGGCACCAAACCCCCCGCCUACGCAUCCAAGCAUGUGAUCAGUCCAGAAGCUGUGCCCAUGCCAGUAGUUGGCAUCCUGGGGGAGCCUCGAUACAUGUUCAACCUGCACACUCUUACCCCCCUUGAUCCAGAAGAGAACGUGAAGCCAUCGGGAAGAAAUGCUUCCCUGAUUGAGAGAAAUAACAUGAAGGUGCAGGACUUCCUGGACACGGCCUUGCACACCCUGUCCUUCCAAAGCCUCAAGUGACGCAGGGCACUCCCCUCUCUCACCUCCCUACCACUGCUGAACUCAACUACUUUUGACCAAA